CUCCCCACCCUGCGGCAUCCCACUGGCCGCGAAGUCCCCUAAGUUAGCCCCGAACAACUCAACUGUCGCUCCCGUUGGUCUCCUGCCCCCCUUUGGUCGGUGUGCUCACUGCCAGUCAUCGUCGUUGUCGUCUUCUUCCUCGACGAGGACAGCUGCAGAUUUUGUCUUCACUCUCUUGUUGAUCCAGCUCUCCUCGGCCUGCUGUCCCUUGCUCAAGUCAAUUUGUGUGGCACGGUCUCUUCGCCAGCGCUAGGAUCAACGUGCUGUUUCACCUUGAAGCCAUCCAUCCCACCUUGCCUCCUGAUUCUGCACUGUACGACUUAACCCCUUCGCUCGUUCUCCCUUCCGUCAACCUCCUUUCUGACAAUCCACUGGCAGUCGCUUAGAGGAGGCCCCGUAUCAGCGUGCUCAUCAUGGACCCGAACAACAAUCGCCUGCACUUGAACUUUGGCUUCAAUGACAGGAACUACAAUGCUGCCAAUAACCGUGUCUACCCCACAACACCCUCCACAUUUCCGCAGCCAAUUUAUCAGGGCCAGGACUACAUGGAUCCUCAUGGGGCACAGAACAAUGCGUAUGGACAGGGCUAUUUUGUAGGAAAUGCCUAUCCGCAGCAGGGCCAUUAUCCCGUUCAACAGCAACAAUAUGCACAACAACACAGUUUACAAUCGCCCCAGCCCGCCGCCUAUGGAGCUCGCCCGCCUUAUAGUCCUAACGAUAGCACCAAUGGCUUGAUCCAGCAGUUCUCAAACCAGGAUCUGAGUGCACCCCCGAGACCAGGCCUUGCUCCGCGGUCUGCUUCUCCUGGUCAACGGCCUCGCACAGCGGGCUCGGCUGGGCCACAACAACAACAGGGCGGACAUCUUGCCCCGUCUAUGGCAAACCGCAACUCGAAGCCUCCGGGUGAGGAAGAGGAACUCCAGCGAUUUCCCGAGCGGUACUCUGAGAAUGUUCACAAACGGGGAAAGGCUGCCAAGGAAUUGACCAAUGUGUUCUUCCAAGAGAAUAUCGAGCGGGCUCGCGAGCGGAACAUGCGGUCUGUCAAUCUAGAUAAGUUGAUACAGAGCAACAGCUUGCCAGAGUCGAAGAAGCGCGGCGAAGUUGAAGCUUUGGCAAAGAAGGAAGCAAAUUUCCUUAGAUUCCUUCGCACUAGAGAGACUCCUUCCAAUUUCCAGACAAUUAAGAUCAUCGGCAAGGGUGCUUUUGGUGAAGUCAAGCUGGUGCAGCGCAAGAGCGACGGCAAGAUCUACGCACUCAAGUCAUUGAUUAAGACAGAAAUGUUCAAGAAAGACCAGCUUGCCCACGUCAGAGCAGAACGUGAUAUUCUGGCAGAUUCCAAGGAUAACCCUUGGCUCGUGAAGCUGCACGCCUCUUUCCAGGACAAUGCUUAUCUAUAUCUGCUGAUGGAGUUCUUACCGGGUGGCGAUCUUAUGACUAUGCUCAUUAAAUAUGAAAUAUUCUCGGAGGACAUUACACGGUUUUACAUGGCUGAGCUCGUUAUGGCAAUUGAGGCUGUACACAAACUAGGUUUCCUUCACCGUGACAUCAAGCCUGAUAACAUACUACUGGACCGUGGUGGCCAUAUCAAAUUGACAGAUUUCGGUUUGUCGACUGGAGGAAAGCAACAACACGAUAAUGCAUACUAUCAAAACCUUCUCAAAAACUCGACGUCGAAAGACAAGAAUCGUAACUCAGGGUUCUUCUCGGACGCCAUCAACUUGACUGUGUCAAACCGCGGACAGAUUAACACUUGGCGAAAAUCCCGUCGUGCGAUGGCCUAUUCGACGGUUGGAACGCCGGAUUAUAUUGCGCCUGAAAUCUUCAAUGGCCAAGGUUAUACUUAUUUGUGUGACUGGUGGUCAGUAGGAGCGAUCAUGUUCGAAUGUCUCGUGGGAUGGCCCCCCUUUUGCGCCGAGGACACGACCGAUACUUAUCGAAAGAUUGUGAACUGGCGGGAAUGUCUGUACUUCCCUGACGAGUUGCUGCUGUCAAGAGAGUCCGAGGGACUUAUCCGAAGCUUCCUCUGUGACCCUGAACAUCGCGUUGGUAACGAAGGUGGACAACACGGCGGUGCUACACAGAUCAAGAACCAUCCGUUCUUCCGUGGAGUGGUUUGGGACCAGUUGCGCAAGAUCCGAGCACCGUUUGAACCCAGACUCAGUUCCAAUGUGGACGUCUCGUAUUUCCCUAUUGAUGAGAUUCCUCAGGAAGACACAAGUGCUGCACACCGAGCGCAAGCCCGCGCAUUGCCCGAAGAACAAGAAGCAGAAAUGAGCCUUCCGUUCAUCGGCUACACAUACAAAGCAUUUAACGCAUUCCAGGCCAAUUAGCUUUCACGCUGAGAAAAGGGCUAUGAAUGUGUCGGCCGUUUUCAAUCCAUUUCUCGCCUUUUCAAACAUACAUACUCUUUGAGAGUUUGAAUUAAGUUUACGGGUACAUUGCACCUGACCUUGGCUGUUCAAAUUUACAAUUCAUAUUCUGUGAAUCCACGUUCAUAUGUUGUUGACGGCUGUGAGAUAUGCUGUGGGUCAGCAUUGCUAAAUCAUACUUGCAUUUGUUUAUUAUCAUGAUCAGCCAUAAAUAGUGUUGACAUGUAGUUGAAUACAAUAUUGAACAAAA